ACUGAUCUCACUGCUCUCAGAGGAACAGAGCUGUUUAAAAGUGAGUUGUCACGUCGGGACGCGAGCAUCCAAAGACUCCGGCAAGACCUGCUCCUCUCUCAUCAGGCCCGUGACGCCCAGAGUGUUCAGCUGGACGUCCAAGAGCAGAGACUGUGGGAUCUGCAGAGACAGCUGCAAGAAAGCCAGCAGGAGCUCCAGAGGGGACACGACCGCAAACAGCAGCUGCACAGGCAGCUACAAGAUGCCAGGAAGCAAGAUCUGGAGCUACAGGCUCAGGCUGAGCAGAUCCAGCGGCUGGAGGAGGAAGUGUCCAGGCUGAAAUCUCAGCAUAGUUCAGUCAGUCAGCAGGAAUGGUGUCGGCUCCGGAGGACACAAGAGGAGCUGAAAGCGAGAGAAGAGGAGUGGAAGAAAGAGAGAUCCUUCCUUCAAGAGCAGCUCAAUGGCGUCAGAGAGGAGCUCCACCGCGCCAACCUCAAGCUGGUGGAAGAACAGUCCACAGUCUCCAGGCUACACCGUGAGCUACAGGAAGCAGAAUAUCAUAGGUAUCUCCUGGGCUCCAGAGUAGCUGAGCUGAACUGUGACAUCCAGCAGAAAGACUGCAGGCGGCUCGCAGAGCAGGACGAGGUGUCCAGUAGAGAUGAGACAGUUCUGAGACUGACGGCAGACCUGCGGGCCGCUCAGGAAAAUCUGACCGCUGCACAAGAGGAGCUGGCAGAGCAGAUGCAGCAGGUCAUGUCUAGGGAAGAGGAGGUUGUGGCCCUGCAGAAGGAGGUGAGCAGACUUCAGGAGAUCCUGAAACAGAGAGAAGAAAUGAUGGAGAAGAACAAACACAACACAACACAGCUCCAGCGAGAGACAGACUUCCUUUACAGACAGUGUGAAGUCCAAAAGGAGGAGCUGUGUGAUCUGUGUGAGGAGGUGCAGCGAUGGCAACAGGAGGCGGAGGAACAGAAGGAGAGCCGGGUGAAGGGGGUGCAGGCCCUUAAGGAAGAGCUGCAGAGCACACGAAGUCAUCUGCAGCAGCACAAAGAUAACCUGGAGAGUCUGUGCCGAGAGCUGGAGACGGCCCACAGACAGCAGAGAGGCACGGAGGACGAGGCCUCCUGCAGGGCGGCAGCUCUCCGCAGUCAGCAUGCAGAGUUGAUUGAGCUGAAGGCAGGUCUACUGGAGGCUGAGAAACUGGCCACAGACGCAGAGGCACGACUGCAACCUCUUAGCGAAUCCCUCGAGCUCUGCAAACACAAGUACCAGGCCUGCCUCAGCAAGAUCGCACAACUAGAGAACACACUGCAUGGCCGCGAGGAGGACCUGAAAGAGGCCCACAGUCAGGUGGCACAGAGGGAAGAGCAGGUCCUCCGUCUGAGGGCUCAGGUUGUAGCUCUGCAGGGGGAUCUGCAGGUACGCUGCGCCCAGCUGGAGAGUGGAGACGAUGCCCUCGCCGCUCUGAGCCAGCAGCUCCGAGACACGCUGGGAGAGCUGGAGCACAGCCCUAAACACAGCCAGGAGUGUGAGCUGCUCAUCAGCACUCUCAGAGACACCGCUGCUACCCUUCGCCGACAGGCUGAAGAGCAAGAAGAGAUGGCAGUGAAGACACAGGCUGAUUUCUCCAUCUACCGGGCCACCCACGUUCACUCCGACUCAGACUACGAAUCCCAGCUGUCCCGUGUUCAGGAACUGGAGCGCGCGCUGGAGCGCUGUGGUCAGAGCGCCCAGGAGUUGCGGGUCUGCCAGCUGGAGUUGGCGCGGCACCGAGAUGCCAGUACAGCAGAGGUGCAGCGGCUGCAGGAGCAGGUGAGGAAGCUCCAGGCGGAUGCAGCGGAUGAGGGCCGAAGACGAGCACACAUUGAUUCUCUGGAAAAGAAGGUAGCCAGUCUAGAAGGAGAGCUACAGGCAGCUCAAAGGCAGUGUGACCACGCUAUCCAGAAGAGAGAUGCCCUACUGAGACAGUCCGAGGCUGAUCUUCUGCAGGCACAGGAGAAGAUCCGAAGCAAGGCAGCGGAGGCAGAGAGGCAGGCCAUCUCUGCUCGAGGGCUGGAGGCUGAUCUGCAGAGAGCCAAGAAAGAGAAAAGGCAGAGGGAGAAAGAGUGCGCCUCACUCAAAACACAGAUGCUUCAGCUCAGAGAACAACUGAAGGAGGCUCACGCCACCUGCAGAGACACGGCCCAAGAGCUGAUGCGGCAGCAGGAGAAAGUGCAGCUGUUGGAGAGAGGUCAGCGUCUGGCUCAGGAGCAGCUCUCAGAGCGUGUGACGGAGGUGGUGCAGGCAGAGAAAGCCCAGAGGAGACUCCAGGCAGAGCUCAAGAGAAUAACAGAGAGUCUGGAAAGCACCCAACUGGAGCUCCAGGACUCACGGGGGAUGCUGGAGCGUGUGAAGACAGAGGCCAGCAGCAGCAGACAGGAAGCCCUGAGACUCCAGCAGGAUAAACAGCAGAUCCAGGAAGAACUGGACAUCAGCAGAGAGACCAUCUCAGCCCUGCAGACUAAGAUGUGUGAACAGGAGAAGCUUCUAAACACACAUCAGGAGCGUGUUUCUGAGCUGCAGCUCACCAUCCACAGACUGCAGGAAGAGGAAGUGAACAGCCAGACGCAGCUGUGCAGGAGAGAACUGGAGAUCAGAGAUGAACAAGUGCAGAAGCACUACCAAGAGAUGAGCACUCUGCAGGCUACGGUGUCCAAGCUGAAGCUGGAUCUGGAGCAGGAGCGGGAGCGGUGGCAGCAGGGGAUACGAGAGGCAGCCAAGGCCGAUCAGAGAGGGAGAGAGCUGAGACUGGAGCUCAGCACAGCACAGGCCUCUCAUAAAGAGUAUAUGGAGCUGCUGGCUGAGUACAGUCGAGAGGUGACGGCCCAGAGGAGUGAGCAGGCCCGUCUGCAGCAGUGCCUGAUCCAGCUGACAGAGGAGAGGGAGACUCAGGAGGAGCGAGUCAGACAGAUGAGCGCAGAUCUACAGAGAGCGCACAGUGAGAGCAGGUGCUCUCAGGAGGAGGCCCGGGCGUGUGAGGGCCGACUGGCGGAGCUGCACACCCAGCUGACAUGCUCACAGCAGCAGAUGACGGCCCUGCAGGCCAGAGACGAGGAAGUGCUCAUGCUGAAGAUGGAGAUGGCCUCUCUCAGAGACAACUACACUGCUCAAGUAGCUCAGGUUGAGGCUUUGCUCUCACAGAUGGACGCUGUCAAUCAGAAGUACAGCGCAGCUGUGUGUGAGGCCGAUGUUCUGCGGCAGUGUUUAGGAGACGCACGGAGUGACAGCUCUCGACUUCACAGGGAAAGCGAGCUAGUCGUGACCAAUGUGAACCAGUGGGUGAAGGAGCAAAAGCACACUAAUGAGAAACUGGCACUCAAGAUCAAAGACCAGAGCAGGAAGAUCAUCCACCUGACAGCUGAGAGAGAUCACCUUCAGGAGAAUGUGAAGGGUUUACAGGGGGAAAUCAGGAGGCUGAAAGCAGAGCUGGAUAGAGAGAGAAUGGAAGCAGAGCGACUGAAGUGAAGAAUGUGGCAGAGGAAGAAGAAAGCACUUCCUGACCACCAGCAGCGCAAGUCUGUGCCGGUCAGUGCCUGAUCUACG